UUUGAUUAAAACCUAGGGAUUUUUCGCAUGGAUGCCAUCACGGGGAAGUCCCUUGUUGAGUUACGUGUUUUAAUCAGUUUAUCGAAUUAAUUGUUAUUUAAAACCAACGACAAUGGGUGGAUUGUUUUCAAGCCAAGGAAAUGAUUAUUCCGACGAUUCGUGUUCCGAAGAGGAAAGCAACGAGGUGUCGUGCAAAAAUCAACCUACCUUUGAUGAGGACAAUUGUUUGGACUCCACUGACACCAUAGACGCCAGUUUAUCGCAACCAGCGAUGCCAAUAACGCUAAAUGUGGACCAAGUUAUGUCCAUUGAAAACGACUUGGAUGACUACGAGAAGGUGGCCCUUGUGUUUUUGAUUUACGAAGACCCCAAAUCUGCGUUUGUUCAACUAACGAAAUUGCUCCAAGGGUCCCAUGACAAACUCUUGUAUAAUUGGGCAAUUCAUGAGAACUUAGCCGGUCGGAAGUGGCAAGAAAAGCUGGUUGAGGCACUUUGCAUCAUCCAGAAUUACCAAAUCAUAUCAAGUUUGGGCUUCAAACGGGAGGAUUUAACCGCUCGGUUUUUACCGCACCACAUUUUCACGUACGCCUAUGUGAACAAAGUCAGAAAGGCCCUCUAUUUCGUCUGCGAGGCGUUGCAGCAGAAGGACGUUGAGAAUUUGCUCAACUUGGCGUGUAAGGACUUCAGGGAGAAGGGGCUGGAUUUUAAGUGCAUUAAUGCGCAAUUUUUGGAGUUGUAUUUGCUGCAUUGGGAGACUGUGGGGUACGUAAAACUGGACGAUUUGAGUAAUUUGUGUAGAGUUCUCAAGCAAAUUGACCAGUUGGAUAUUUGUGAUAAACUGAGAGAAAUUGUGCCAAUUGUGCACAAAUCUGCUGAGAGUAGAAGUGUAGAUAAAAGAGUAGAUUCUAGUGAGAGUGAAAAAAGACAGUCAGUGAGUGUGUUUGAGGGAAUUUUAGAUCCAAAGUCCAGUUUGCUUAGUCUGGCCUCGCUGGAGACGUCGCAUAUCAGUGCAGACAAUGCAGCUUUUGUCAGCGAUGAAAAUAAAUAUUUUAUUGAUCCAGAAAGACCUGGCAUUUGUUUGAUCAUCAAUCAAGAGAAUUUCUACAGAGAAGUGGACAGAAAAUAUCGACACUUGCUUCCACGCCGGGACAACAAAUUAGAACUUAGGAUUGGUACACAAUACGACCGAGACAAGCUUGAAGCCACUUUCCGACAAUUUGGUUUCAAAACUAUUGUAGAAAAUAAUCUCACUCAUUUGGAAAUGCUACGAAAAAUAGAAGAAGUAGUGCAAAGCGUUAACGAUGAGUCGAGCCUUUUCAUUUCUAUAAUGUCUCAUGGUGAUGUAGGUGUCGUUUACGGCGUUAAUAGUUGCCAAGUCGACGUCAAAGCAAUUAAACGUGUGAUGUGUACCAAAAAUCGCCCACAUUUAUCGGGGAAACCCAAAGUUUUAAUCCUCCAGUCUUGUCAAGGCACCAGAUGUCAAAAAAUUCAGUCAGAUGACGAUGACAUUGAAACAGACGGUCCUUCGUCACCUGUCCAAGAAUCAGUCCCGCCAAUAGCAGAUUUGUUCACUUUCUGGGCCACAGUUCCAGGCUAUGGUGCAAUAAGGAACAAAAAAACAGGAUCCUGGUUUAUUCAGUCCUUGUGCGGAAAAAUGAAAGAAUUGGGGCAUAAGUACCAUUUCGAUGAUAUCUGCACCAGUGUUAUAGGGGACGUAAGUAGGAAAAAAUGGUGCCAAGAGAAGGACGAAGUGGCAAUGGUGCCAGAAAAGGAGUCCACAUUCAGGAAACUGUUUUAUCUGCCACCCGUUAGAGUAACGCCGGCCAGCAGCGCCCCCAUGAACCCCAGUACGGUCAGGACCGACUCAACAGCCCCGUUGUAAAUGGGGAUAGUCGGGUCGUCCUGAAUCGUGUUCCACAGCACUUGCAUGUAGCACUGGACUUGGAUGAAGCCGCACGUGGAGAGGGCCCACCAGAAGGACCAUUUCAGGACGUAGCGGUUGGAGAAGGACUCCACCAGGUGCGUUUUCAUCAGAGUGAAAGCGUUGAGGAAUUUUCGCGAGUAGCGCUCGUCGAUUUCCCGGUGGAAGUAGAUGGUUUUUCGGACGGAAGGCAGGAAGAGGCUCCAGAGGGUGGCCGCCAGCAUGGACGAGAAGGUGAUGUAGUUCAAGUCGCGAUAGGUCGCGCUGUCGAGCGAGAUGAGCAAUUGGGCCACGAUGCCGGAGAUGGCGCGGCCAGCGAGGAUGGCAGCCCUGGUGUGCGAAGUCACCUGCUGGUAAAACUCUUUGGGGACUUUGGCGUAGAUGUAGGUGUAGUAGGCCACCUCCGUGGCCAUGAACGUGCCAUAGAAGACCUGUUAGUUGUGCAAUAGUUACAUCACAAGUUGCAAAAGGGAAAAUUUCCACUCAAAUACGCAAUUAUAAUAUUCCAUUGUGAACACAAAUUAGCCCAAUUAAAAUAUAUUCACUUAACACAGA